CGCGGGCCUCCCGAGGCCGGAAUCUCCACGCAGUUUGAGCUCCGUGUGGCACGUUGUGAGCUUCCUCCGCAGCUCGUCUCCGGCUUCGCCGCGCCCUGAGAGAGAGCUGGUGUGUGGGAGGCCUCCUGUGAGCCACCUAUUUUUUCCUGCCUCCUGAUACAUACUCCUACCCCCAUCAAGGAUUCGGGGAUGCCAGGGGGGAAGAAGGUGGUCGGGGGUGGCAGCAGCGGUGCUGCCCCCACUGCCGCUGCAGCCCCCUCUGGGGUCAGACGCCUGGAGACCAGUGAAGGCGCCUCAGCCCAGAGAGAUGAUGAGCCAGAGGAGGAAGGGGAAGAGGACCUGCGAGACGGAGGCGUCCCCUUCUUUGUCAACCGGGGUGGGCUGCCUGUGGACGAAGCCACCUGGGAAAGGAUGUGGAAGCACGUGGCCAAGAUCCACCCCGAUGGAGAGAAGGUGGCCCAGCGGAUCCGAGGGGCCACAGACCUGCCCAAGAUUCCCAUACCGAGUGUGCCUACGUUCCAGCCCUCCACGCCCGUCCCUGAGCGCCUGGAAGCUGUGCAGCGCUACAUCAGGGAGCUGCAGUACAAUCACACAGGGACACAGUUCUUUGAAAUUAAGAAGAGCAGACCUCUGACAGGGCUGAUGGACCUGGCCAAGGAGAUGACCAAAGAGGCUCUGCCAAUCAAAUGCCUGGAAGCCGUGAUCCUGGGAAUUUACCUCACCAACAGCAUGCCCACCCUGGAGCGCUUCCCCAUCAGCUUCAAGACCUACUUCUCAGGGAACUACUUCCGCCACAUCGUGCUGGGGGUGAACUUCGGCGGCCGCUAUGGGGCGCUGGGCAUGAGCCGGCGCGAGGACCUGAUGUACAAGCCCCCGGCCUUCCGCACGCUCAGUGAGCUCGUGCUGGACUACGAAGCUGCCUACGGCCGCUGCUGGCACGUGCUCAAGAAGGUGAAGCUGGGCCAGUGCGUGUCCCACGACCCGCACAGCGUGGAGCAGAUCGAGUGGAAGCACUCCGUGCUGGACGUGGACAGGCUGGGCCGCGAGGACUUCCGCAAGGAGCUGGAGCGCCACGCCCGCGACAUGCGGCUCAAGAUUGGCAAAGGGACUGGCCCUCCCUCCCCCACCAAGGACCGGAAGAAGGACGUUUCCUCCCCACAGAGGGGCCAGUCCAGCCCCCACCGCAGGAACAGCCGCAGCGAAAGGCGGCCAUCGGGUGAGAAGAAGCCUUCUGAGCCCAAAGCCAUGCCGGACCUCAACGGGUACCAGAUUCGGGUGUGAGGCACGUGGCAGUGCCCAGCCUCACCACUUCUGGCUGGGAUCCAUCUGCCAGAACCAGCCUCAUUCGUGGGGAGGGAGGGGCUGGUGACCGGGCAGGGUGGGAGGCAGCAGGAAGAGCCUGUCCCAGCUCAGCCACCCAAGCUGCUGCCCCUCCCGCUGGGCCAAGCCCCCGAACUUUGGGCCAAGAAGCAGUUAGUAUUUUCUUUGGAGUUUUUAACCCAGUAACUGAAGUUUAAGGGAUUUGGGGAAAACAAAACUAAUGGAUCUGCCGGUGGCUGGAAGGCCAGUGCUUAGGACAUCUAAGUGCCACAAGGCUGAGCAAGGAGGGGGUUGCUGGCUCUGCUGGUGUCCCUCUGGGAUUGGAGUCCAUCCUACCUGUGGGAAAUUUCCCAGCCCCCUAAGCCUGUGGCAGGAUGGGGGUGGGGAAGGGGGAGGGACGGAGGUGUUCCUCCAGUUCUGUCUGCCCUGGCAGAAUCUUGAGCCAGGGAACGGGAAGCAGGGUAGAAAUCAUCCUGGGAAAGGUCUGUGUGGCCAAUAUCAGGAGCUUGGCACAAGGCCACAUCUGCCCCAAGAGCAGAGUCCAUGGCCCAGGACAGCCCUGUGCGCUUGUGGCCCAUGGACAGUGCUGUGUGGGCUGCAGGAGAGCCCAGGAGAGACCACUGGGGGAGGAAAUCCCAGGCCCAGCUCCUACCUAGUCUCCUUACUUAGCCCAGCUCUGCCUGUUGCUGAAGCCCAGGGGGGCUCCCUGCAGAGGGGCUGAGCCUUGCCAAAGGCCCAGAGUUGCCCUGGGCUCAGCAUGACUGUAGGGACUGAGCAGACCCAGUGGGUCCAGGAAGCAUGGCUGGGGACAGAGUAAGACACUUGGGCCCGGGGCUAUCCCCUGGCAGUCCUGUCCCCAAGGGUGGGGGUGAGAGGCACUGCUACUCCCCCCUUUCUAUUACCUCAGUCCUUGCUGUGAAAACAAAGACCAGAUCAGGAUGCUUGUGCCUCGUGCCUGUCUCCCCUCACUUAGCAACCUGUCUAGGUUUGAGGGUACCAGUGAUGAUCAGAUUUGUUGCAUGUGGCUUGUCAGGGAAGAAUCUGAAUAGCUGGAGACUACACAGUCUUCCUGGCAAGUGUGAGAUACCUGGCAGGCAAGUGAGAGGUGGAAGGAAGUUGGCAGGGUUGGGGGAAGGUUCUGGAGGCUCAAACAACAAGGACGUGGUAGGGCAAGCGUGCGGCUGACACCACAGAGGAGUAAAGACUGAGAAAUGAGGAGCGUAAGUGAGAAAAGGAUGUGGGGGAGAGUUUAGAAUCGGGCUGCUUGGGGAAUAGUGAGUUCUCUGUUGCUGGAAGUAUCCAAGCAAAGUCUGGAUGGCUACUUGUCAGAAAGCUGUAGAGAGGGUUCAGGUUAUGGAAGGGGUAGCAGGAUGAGAGGACCAUCAAGGUUUCAUUGCACUGAAAUGGCUGGGGUUCAGCCAGGGGCUAGACCCUGGAAAAGGGAGGACCAGAACCUCAGAUGCCCACGGGGCCAGACGGGGGAUUAAAAGGGCAGCAGGGCUGGGUGGGCACUGUGGCAAAUGAGAGAGGGCAUAUCCCUUUCAAGCAGCAACUAUAUUGCUCAGCUAUUCUCAGAAUGUGGGCCCUGCAUUAGCAGAUUGUCUUUUUUCCAGAAGCCAGAACUCUGAAUUUUUUAUGUGAAAUAUCCUGAUUUUUAAAUGUUGGCAAUCAGUUCAGAAAAUGUAAAAACCCAACAUGAAAGAGAAUGCCAGUUUGUAAUCUCUGAGGUAGAGUUUGCGCUGGGGAGAAGUCCAGUGAGAUGCUUUCAGAAUAGUUUGAGGCUUCCCAGAGCAAGCUGGGCCAGGGCAGCGUCCUCGCCGCUGAAGCUUCUCCCGGGGAGGGCAACUGGCCCAGGUUUGUCCUCUUCACGCUCCUUGCCGACCAGAGACCCACCAGGGUCACCAGUGGGGGUGGAGUAGAGAUGGCACAGUUCCCAGCCUGCCAGGGAGAUGGAUGGGGCCUGAGAAGCAGAGAAAGAGGGAGGGAGGGAGACAGGAUGCCUUUGCUGAUGCGAGUGCUGUCGGGGAAGCCCCAGGGGCUGGCAGCUCUCCACACCAGCAGCUUUUGGCCCAGAGCCAGGCCCAGCAGGAGGGCCAGCUGGGCAGUCCCUUGGGUUAUUCAGGGGUCACUGGGCCCUGGGGAGGGACCUAACCUGCCCCUGGACUGUAGUCCCCAGCCAGACCAAUUCAAGGGCCGUCAUGACCCCUGACUCACCAUCCCAUCCCAUCCCUGUUUUUAGGGAGUGGGGUGGUGGUCCCAAUGUUUCCACAUCAGAGGCAGGGAUGGCUCACUCUGGGAGGCGUGCAGCCGAAAAUGAAUGAGGCCUUUUCUAGGUCUAUGUGUGGGUGCCUCCUGCAAGCCACUUAGCAACAGGGGAGGGACUCAGGACCUGUGGACCCCAGGGCUCGAGAGGAGAGGGGAGAGGGGAUUAGGGUCAGGGAGAUUGGGGGGGGGGGGGGGAGUUGCUCAAUCCACAGGCUCCUUCCCCAGAGCCCUCUGGGGAGACAGAGUGAAAUGAGGCCCACCCCUGUUGCUGCCCGCAAGAGGGAGCUGAUCACCCUGAGCUGAUAACCCCCAGGAGCCCCCUUCCUCGCUGAGACCUUGGGCCUGUGGAGGCCACCACAGGAUACAGCGGUGCUUUUUAAUUUAUUUUUAACAUUUUCUCAUAUGUAGCAACCCCUCCUCCCCUCCUGAGCAUGUUUACACAGGCUCUGCUCCCUGGGGCUGGCCUGACUGCAGUUUCUGGGGAGGCAGAGGCAGGGACUUUGGGGCCUUAGUCACCAUCCUUGGUUUCACCUCAUCUACUUCCUGUGAGGAAUAGGGGUCUGGCUCCUGACUCAGGACUGCCUUCCAUCACCCAGUGGGGGCUCCUCUGCCCCUAGGGGUGGGAGCUGCUGGCUGAGGAGGGCCCAAGGUGAGGUCAGAGAAAGCUGCUUAAUGAAGGUGGGUCGGGGUGGCGAUGACCGCUCCCCAAAGCCCGGCUCCUUGUGCUCAGUGCCAGCUCAGAACACUGGGAAACAGUGUUUAGAGCACCUUCCUGCCCACCUUAACUGCCAGUCCUCUCCCUCCCAUGGCCUCAACACAGUCCUGUUCCCCUCACCCAUCAUGCCAGACCCCAUCCUUCCUGGGUGUGGCCAAGUGGGGAGGGUAGCAGCCCCCCAGCCCAGGUACCAUGAAGCCUAGGGCCAGGGUUCCAAGGAGCAGAAGGGGCCCAGAGGUUGGCUGUGUCUGAUUUCUGACCCUGUCUGCCAGCACACGCCCCAUUCCUUCCAUCUUGGACUUGACCUCCUGGCUCCGAGCUAGGGUCCAGUUCUGGUCAGCAGCGUGCCCAGAGGCCCAUGUAUCUGUGUGCACCCUGGGUCCCCUGCCUGAGUAGCUUUUUGGCUUUGAUGUAACAUCCCCAGGCCCACCCUCUGGCCUCGAAGUACGGGAAGGCGCAAAGCUGGGCUGGCACACUGACUGCAUUCUUUGUGCCAGAGCACCCUGUGCUGCAGUCUCUACUUGUUCCUGCUGAGAAACCAGCUGAAGGGUGGGAGGGCCUCUGGAGUGUGGGGCUGGAGGGGUCCUGCCCCAGGCCGCACAGGGCUGCUGUGGUGCUAGCUGCACGCUCAACAGUGUUGACCUCCGUGCCACAUCCUGGUGUUCCUGGGUCCCAAGUUCCCCUUUCUCUGGUGUGCUUGGCCUCAGGGGCCUGGUGAUGGGAGAUUCCCCUCCCUUAAGCUUUGUGUUGGGCUGCCUGUGGGACCAGACUUUGUCCUUCCUGCUCUUCCCGUGUCAGUAUUGUUCUCUCCCCUCUCACUUUUACACCCCUCUCAUUGCUGUGCUCAAUUUUUUCCUGAAAUGAAUAAAGGCUCCCAGCUCCGGUUACACGGGCUGGGCAGAAACCACA